UUAUCAAACCCAAUAUGGCUGAAUAUGGCAGUCUAACUCAUAGAUUCUAAAUUAGAUCAAGACAACACUAGAUCUAGAUCUACAUCUAUAUAUUCCAUAGGCCAUAUUUAGAAGAGAGAAGGGUGACUAUAACAAUACACUAACUUCAACACAAGGUCACAGUUUUGUAAAUAAUUUUACAUCUAAUCUAGAUUCAGAUUCUAGAUCUAAAUCUAAAAUCUAGAGUUGAUUCUAAUUCUAGACUAGAGUCAGAGUAUCUAGUCUUGAGACUCUUGGAGUCUUUACUCUAGCCCUAGCUUAGUAGCUACUAGAUCUAGCUAGCCAUAAACAACAACUUUAAGUUGACUGGGUCUUUAACUUUAGUUAUUCUCAAAAUGACAAGCAGAGAGCAAAGAACAUUUUUUUCUGGUGAUGGAAUGUCCAAUCCAAACCAGCAGAGGCUAACCCAGGACGAUGUGACCAACCAAGGGCGCUAUCUGCUCAAUAAUUUUAUCUAUGAAAGGAUGCAGAAGGAUGGCCUUGAUAAUGUGCCUGGUAUGGAGCAGCUUCAAGAGCCAGGUACUCCAAGUGGUCCACCAAUGGAACAUGUCAGAGAAAUUGGAAGGGCACUUCGCUUCAUUGGUGAUGACUUAGAUAAAGACCAGAAAUUGCAAGACCUUGUGUCUCGGGUCCCCCCUGAAGCUGAAAGACAGACACUGCUGAACGUGGCAGCCAACAUAUUUCAAGAUGGGAUCUUCAACUGGGGGAGAGUUGUUGCUUUGUUUUAUUUUGCUUACAAAGUUUGUAUCAAGGCCCUUGACAGAAUACCUCUAGUACGUGCAAUCAUCAACCUGAUAGUGGAGUUUAUGAGGGACCAUGUGGUCAGGUGGAUCAUUGACAGGGGUGGAUGGGAAGCCAUCAGAGAAUACUUUGGCAGCUCCAAGAGACAAGUCAGUCUUGUAGUUGGCGCUGGUCUGCUGGCCUGUGCUGGGGUGCUGCUCUACAAGAAAUACCUGAGUUAACCUGCAACUUGUUUUAGUGGAGCCUUUGGAUUUGUUGUUUACAUUGAGAACUUGUAUGUUGAACAAACUGUGCUAACGUCUCCAGGUACAUAGAUCUAGCUGGCUGGGUGGGGAGUAGUCUCUCUUUGUUAAGGCACACAAGACAUUUAUCAGAAAUAAAAUCCAAAGCCACUGAGUUGAAAUACAAUUUUCUAUGUCCCAUCUUUGUUACCUAUAUUGGCCUACAUAUUCCAGCAACUAAUUCCCUAUACAAGUUUUGAGUGUAAACCUGAGAAAUGUAACAAAAUAGUUAUUUUUUGUGUACUCAACCAACUCAGGACUUGUUUGUAUCUUGUUGUAAAGGCAACUGUAACAACUAGCCCACACCUAUUGUUUUUACCACUUGUGUAAAAUAGUUCACUCAUUAUUUAUAAAAGCUCAUUUGUGUGAUAUUAAUGAGAAGGGAGAUAAAUGAAUUCUAACUGGUCAAAUAUUUCUUUAGUGACAGCUUGUCAGAUGUUUGAGAUUAUGUGGUGAGAUCACAGUGUAGACUUGUUCUAACUGGGGGUAGGGAGGUAGUGGUCCUGUGGAUGUGGUGGUGGAUGUAGUGGUGGAUGUAGUGAGCUGUGGAUCUAGUGGUGGAUGUAGUGAGCUGUGGAUGUAGUGAGCUGUGGAUGUAGUGAGCUGUGGAUGUAGUGGUGGAUGUAGUGAGCUGUGGAUGUGGUGGUGGAUGUAGUGAGCUGUGGAUGUAGUGAGCUGUGGAUGUAGUGGUGGAUGUAGUGAGAUGUGGAUCUAGUGGUGGAUGUAGUGAGCUGUGGAUGUAGUGAGAUGUGGAUGUAGUGAGCUGUGGAUGUAGUGAGCUGUGGAUGUAGUGAGCUGUGGAUGUAGUGAGCUGUGGAUGUAGUGAGCUGUGGAUGUAGUGAGAUGUGGAUGUAGCGAGCUGUGGAUGUAGUGAGCUGUGGAUGUAGUGAGCUGUGGAUGUAGUGAGAUGUGGAUGUAGUGAGCUGUGGAUGUAGUGAGAUGUGGAUGUAGUGGUGGAUGUAGCGAGUGGUGGAUGUAGCGAGCUGUGGAUGUAGUGAGCUGUGGAUGUAGUGAGCUGUGGAUGUAGUGAGCUGUGGAUGUAGUGAGCUGUGGAUGUAGUGAGAUGUGGAUGUAGUGGUGGAUGUAGCGAGUGGUGGAUGUAGCGAGCUGUGGAUGUAGUGAGCUGUGGAUGUUGUGAGCGGUGGAUGUAUUGGUGGAUGUAGUGGUGGAUGUAGUGAGCUGUGGAUGUAGUGAGCUGUGGAUGUAGUGAGCUGUGGAUGUAGUGAGCUGUGGAUGUAGUGGUGGAUGUAUUUGUGGAUGUAGUGAGCUGUGGAUGUAGUGAGCUGUGGAUGUAGUGGUGGAUGUAAUGAGCUGUGGAUGUAGUGGUGGAUGUAGUGAGCUGUGGAUGUAGUGAGCUGUGGAUGUAGUGGUGGAUGUAGUGGUGGAUGUAGUGAGCUGUGGAUGUAGUGAGCUGUGGAUGUAGUGAGCUGUGGAUGUAGUGAGCUGUGGAUGUUGUGAGCUGUGGAUGUAGUGGUGGAUGUAGUGAGCUGUGGAUGUAGUGGUGGAUGUAGUGAGCUGUGGAUGUAGUGAGCUGUGGAUGUAGUGAGCUGUGGAUGUAUUGGUGGAUGUAUUGGUGGAUGUAGUGAGCUGUGGAUGUAGUGAGCUGUGGAUGUAGCGAGCUGUGGAUGUAGUGAGCUGUGGUUGUAUUGGUGGAUGUAGUGAGCUGUGGAUGUAGUGAGCUGUGGAUGUAGUGAGCUGUGGAUGUAGUGAGCUGUGGAUGUAGUGAGCUGUGGAUGUAGUGAGCUGUGGAUGUAGCGAGCUGUGGAUGUAGUGAGCUGUGGUUGUAUUGGUGGAUGUAGUGAGCUGUGGAUGUAGUGAGCUGUGGAUCUAGUGAGCUGUGGAUGUAUUGGUGGAUGUAUUGGUGGAUGUAGUGAGCUGUGGAUGUAGUGAGCUGUGGAUGUAGCGAGCUGUGGAUGUAGUGAGCUGUGGUUGUAUUGGUGGAUGUAGUGAGCUGUGGAUGUAGUGAGCUGUGGAUGUAGUGAGAUGUGGAUGUAGUGAGCUGUGGAUGUAGUGAGCUGUGGAUGUAGUGAGCUGUGGAUGUAGUGAGAUGUGGAUGUAUUAGGGUUGAGAUUACAUCACACCUAGUUUGUAUUUGAGAUUAUGCCAUAUUUAAGAUUAUGUCAUAUCUAGUAUGUGUUUUGACAACAUAUCUAGUAUGUUUUUUGGCAACAUAUCUAGUAUGUGUUUUGACAACAUAUCUAGUAUGUGUUUUGACAACAUAUCUAGUAUGUGUUUUGACAUAUCUAGUAUGUGUUUUGACAUAUCUAGUAUGUGUUUUGACAACAUAUCUAGUAUGUGUUUUGACAACAUAUCUAGUAUGUGUUUUGACAACAUAUCUAGUAUGUGCUUGUGUGGUCUAUUUGUUGACCAUAGAUCUCCAUACGUGUACCAGAUGAUAUUGCUGUCAGCUUUGGUUGAUGUCAUAUUUUAUUUGCUGGUAUUAUUUUAAAGGCUCAAGUGUUUGAGGUCAUGAUUAGAUGCUGUGUAGGAUAUUACACACCCACUGUACACUUUCCUCACAUGACUGCUGAGGUCAUGAUUAGAUGCUGUGUAGGAUAUUACACACCCACUGUACACGUUUCCUCACAUGACUGCUGAGGUCAUGAUUAGAUGCUGUGUAGGAUAUUACACACCCACUGUACACGUUUCCUCACAUGACUGCUGUGGUGUGGGUGACUAGGGUCUGUAGAACAGUGGCAGCAGCUGAAGCACCAGAUGAUGGCUGCACCAGUACAGUUUUUGCUCAGUCCUCCCUUUGUUUUUGCUGUGUAUAACCAAGUCCCUUGAUGAUGUGAAGAUUGGGAAUGACUUGUUGAUGAAAUGACCCGAUUUUAAUUUAUCAACAGAGCAAGCUGUGUAUUUGACUACCUGGGUGUGUCUUCCGGGUCAUUUGCUAACUUUUUUGUUGGGUGUGUGUUCCGGGUCAUUUGCUAACUUUUUUGUUGUGUGUGUGUUUUGGGUCAUUCUGCUAACAUGUUUGCGUUUAAUUAGUGAAAAGAUCUGCCUGACAUAUCUCAGUGGUAUAUUUUUAACUGUAUGAAUAGACAUGUUUUACUAAUUGAAAACUGUGAACCCACAAUGUGAUUGUAUUUUGUCUUCAACUGUGAUUACAUCAGGCCAGAAAUAUUUACAAGCUGGGCCAAUCAACUUGGAAAUAUUUACUUCAGUCCAUAGUUUAAAAGCUAAUUUAUUAAUGAAAACAUUCAGAUAGAAUUCACAUACUACUUAAAAAACGCUUUAAAGAAAGUCACGUUGGCGAAGAUUGAACAAUUUUAUGGCUACCUGUUUAUCUCUGUGUAUAAUUUUGUAGAGCUUUUCCAGUCCACUGUAUAAAAACAACUAUUUGUCUCCCCUCUAUAGUUCUGUUGUCUCACUUUGAUUUCAGAAGUACUUAAAGUUAAAGAGCUUACCAUGUUAUUUUGUAAAAAAAAAAAAUUUGACAGAUAAUAUUUAGAUCAAAUAUUUAAUUUUGUUGUGUAUGAAAUAUUGUGUCAGCACUAAGGUAGUUUUUCUAGUCUAGCAACUUUCUUAUGGAUUCUAGUUUUUUAUUUUUAAACAACUAUCUUGUUACUUGAAAUCUUUUUUUAUUGAACAGUACCACAUGAUUACAAUUUUAUUUUGAAAGUAGUGUGAAUUGUAUUAUUUAAGCUUCAUCUGUGUAAGUUUUAAAGUUAAUGUAAAAAUAAAAUGAGAAAAUGCAUAAUUUCUAAAAACAAAUGUGGUAUGAGAAAAUGUAUGAAUUUUUUUUUAAAGUGAGAAAAUGUAUGAUUUCUAAAAAUAAAAU